AGCUCCUCUUAAGGACUCCCUUUCCCACCCCCUCCCUUUGCAUUCAUCCUUGAGGGGGUGCAGGGGGAAACCUGAAGAGACAGGAAAAGCUCCCCCAAGCCCGCGAGCCAGCGGUGUGGAGAAAGCGAAAACAGACUGCCCGGAAUCCUUCCAACUUAAAAAGGAAGUCGGCGGUCGUGACUUUAAAUUUAACAUCCUUGCAAGUGGGCGAGCUCGACUUGCAAAGCAAACAUGAACUUUGCGGAGAGAGAAGACUCCAAGAGAUACUGCAUUCGAACCAAACACGUGGCCAUCAUCUGUGCGGUGGUGGUGGGCGUGGGGUUGAUAGUGGGACUUGCCGUGGGCUUGACCAGGUCGUGCGAGUCCGGGGGAGACUCUCCUGCUCCUUCCCCCAGCCCCCCCACUGCCAAGCCUCCCCAGGACCAGGGAGCCUGCCCAGCCAGCGACGAUGACAACGGAGGGUGGACCAGUUUCAGGUUGCCGGACUUCCUCCACCCUGUGCACUAUGAGCUGGAGCUGAAGCCCCUCAUGGAGGAGGACACCUACUCCGGCACCGUGACCAUCUCCAUCAACGUGACGGCGCCCACCCGCCACCUGUGGCUGCACCUCCGGGAGACACGCAUCACGAAGCCCCCCGUGCUGAAGAAGCCCACCGGGGAGCAGGUGCCCGUCAGGCGGUGUUUUGAGUACAAAAAGCAGGAGUACGUGGUGGUGGAAGCAGCAGAGGAGCUCCCCAGCAGUGACUACCUCUUGACCUUGGAGUUCGCAGGCUGGCUGAACGGCUCCCUCGUGGGAUUUUAUAGAACAACAUACGUGGAGAAAGGCGUAAUCAAGAGCAUAGCAGCCACUGACCAUGAACCAACAGAUGCCCGGAAGUCCUUCCCUUGUUUUGAUGAACCCAACAAAAAGGCGACUUACACGAUAGCCAUCAUCCACCCCAAAGAAUAUCAUGCGCUUUCAAACAUGCCAGUGGAGGUGAGUAAUUCGGUGGACGAUAAAUGGAAUCGAACGGUUUUCCAGAAGUCUGUCCCCAUGAGCACCUACCUGGUGUGCUUUGCUGUCCAUCAGUUUGUGCCCAUCGAGGCCCAAUCGAAGUCAGGAAAGCCUCUCACUAUUUAUGUCCAGCCAGAACAAAAGCACACAGCAAUAUAUGCUUCAAACAUAACUAAAACUGUGUUUGAUUAUUUUGAAGAAUACUUUGAUAUGGAGUAUGUUCUUCCUAAAUUGGAUAAAAUUGCGAUCCCGGAUUUCGGCACCGGGGCCAUGGAGAACUGGGGGCUCAUCACUUACCGAGAAACCAACUUGCUCUACGACCCCAACGAAUCGGCCUCGUCCAACCAGCAGAGGGUGGCCAGUGUGAUCGCCCACGAACUCGUGCACCAGUGGUUUGGCAAUGUUGUGACCAUGGACUGGUGGGAAGACUUGUGGCUAAAUGAAGGGUUUGCUUCCUUCUUCGAGUACCUGGGGGUAAACCAGGCAGAACCCGACUGGCAGAUGCGUGACCAGAUGUUACUGGAAGACGUGCUACCGGUGCAAGAGGAUGAUUCCCUGAUGUCCUCCCACCCCAUUGUCGUCACGGUGUCCACCCCGGCCGAAAUCACAUCUGUGUUUGACGGAAUAUCCUACAGCAAGGGAGCUUCCAUUCUACGAAUGCUGGAAGACUGGAUAACACCAGAGAAAUUCCAGAAAGGAUGUCAGAUUUAUUUGAAAAAAUACAAAUUCCAGAAUGCAAAGACAUCAGAUUUUUGGGACGCUCUGGAAGAGGCAAGUGGCUUACCUGUGAAAGAAGUCAUGGACACCUGGACCAGACAGAUGAGCUACCCUGUGCUUCAUGUGAGCGACACAAGGAACAUCACACAGAAACGCUUUCUGCUGGACGCCAAGGCAAACGCUUCGCAGCCACAUUCCGAUCUUGGUUACACAUGGAAUAUUCCAAUUAGAUGGACGGAAGAUCAACUUUCAAAUGUGACGUUGUACAAUAGGAGUGAAAAAGAAGGAAUCAUUUUGAACCCCUCAAAUCCUAGUGGAAAUGCUUUCCUCGAAAUAAAUCCAGAUCAUAUUGGGUUUUAUCGUGUAAAUUAUGAAAAAUCAACGUGGGACCAGAUAGCUUAUAAUCUCUCCAUUGACCACAAGAACUUUUCUUCUGCUGAUCGUGCAAGCAUGAUUGAUGAUGCUUUUGCUUUAGCAAGAGCUCAAGUGUUUGAUUAUACAGUGGCUCUGAACUUGACCAGGUAUCUCUCAGAGGAACUGGAUUUUUUACCAUGGCAGAGAGUCAUUUCGGCUAUAAGCUACAUCAUUAGCAUGCUUGAAGAUGAUAAAGAACUAUACCCUAUAAUUGAGGAAUACUUCCAAGGUCAAGUGAAGCCCAUCGCAACUUCUCUGGGAUGGGAGGACACUGGAGACCAUAUAAAAAAAUUACUCCGUGCCGCUGUGUUAGGGCUUGCAUGCAAGAUGGGAGAUCAGGACGCGUUGAACAAUGCUUCCCAGUUGUUUGAGCAGUGGCUACGUGGAAGUGGAAGUCUUCCAGUAAAUCUUAGGCUCCUGGUAUAUCGGUAUGGCAUGCAGAACUCUGGCAAUGAGACUUCCUGGAACUAUACUCUUGAGCAAUACCAGAAGACCUCACUCGCUCAAGAAAAAGAAAAACUGCUCUAUGGGUUAGCAUCCGUGAGGAAUAUCACUCUGCUGUCCAGGUAUUUGGAUUUGCUCAAGAACUCGACACUUAUUAAAAGCCAGGAUGUGUUUACAGUCAUCCGCUAUAUCUCCUAUAACCCCUAUGGGAAGAGAAUGGCCUGGACUUGGAUACAGCUCAACUGGGACUAUCUGGUCAACAGAUAUACCCUCAAUGAUAGAAACCUUGGACGGAUUGUCACAAUCGCAGACCCUUUCAACACUGAACUCCAGCUCUGGGAGAUGGAGAGCUUUUUCAACAAAUACCCAGAUGCUGGAGCAGGAGAAAAGCCGAGGGAGCAAGUGCUGGAAACCGUGAAAAACAAUAUUGAGUGGCUCAAACAAAAUAGAGGCACCAUUAGAGAAUGGUUUUUAAGUUCACGUAGGAACAGCUAAUAUACCCACGUGCUCUCGCCUACUUUCGUGAAUGUGGUAUUUCUCCUCUCAAGCAUUUGGCACCCCGAUUCAUAAGCACUACUGAAGAAGCUUUAUCAACAGACACAACUUCCAAAGCCUUUAAAUGGUUCCCCUUUGUUUAGGAAAGAAGAUAGCAAUCGAGUAUUUGAUAUACUCAGGGAUUUCUUCUAAGUGUACUUCAUAAGAGAUUCUUUACAAGCUGAAGAGAUGUUCAUAGUAAUUUUAAUGUCUUUAAAUAUCAUCCUUUUUACCUUAAGUCUGUAAAAAUAGAACAUUUUAGUCUUGCCUUUACAUUUUUAGUGCCAAAGAAACACCACUUAAUCUUCUCUCUUGAUUGAUUUUUAAAGUCUAAAUACCAGUACUUGAGGGACCAAAAUUACCACCUUAAUCUUUAUUUUAUUAUUCAGAAUUACACAGACCUCAAAUCAUUUUAUUCACAUAUGCUUUGCUAUUUUAAAUCCUCCCAAAGUAACCUGGGCUUAAGUUUUACUCAAAGAUUCAUGAAUUAGCUAAAGAAAUGGCUGCCUGUUGCCUCUGCUCUUCUAAAAAUCAACAGGAAAACCUUCCUUUUUAAAAUAAAUCUGGAUGAUUACCUUGUGGGUCAAACAGG